AUGAAAUUAAGUGGAGUCUUAAGUGUUCUGAGUAUUGCAACCUCUGCAUUGGUUACUGCUGAUCAACAGAAUGCUUUCCAACUGAGCCAGAACAAUGAAGGUGCUGCUCAGAAACAAUGGACAAAUCAAUUAGCUGUCACAGAUGAAACCCCAUUUUGUAAAAUGGAUAAAGAUGAGAAUUUAGGACCAGGUUGUGAUGUAACCAUUGCAGAGAUUAAUAAUAUUAAUAAAAAGAUAAGGAAAGAUAUCGUUAGUCUCGUAAAUACUGAUUUUUUCAAAUAUUUUAAGUUCGAUCCUUUCAAGAAAUGUACAUUUUGGGAAAAUAACGAAGGUAUAUGUUUCAGUAGAAGCUGUGCAGUCGAUGUUGUCGAGGAUUGGGAUAAAUUACCUGAAUACUGGCAACCAGAAGUUUUAGGUUCUUUGGAAAAUGAUAGUACAAAUGAAACUGAGACCCAUCAUACAGCUGAAGAUGAUGCUUCUUUCCUUAAUGAACUUUGUAACAGUAAAAAUGAUAAAAUGAACCAAUUAGAAAGUAAUAAUGAUUUAAAUUAUUAUGAUAUUAACGAUUUUUUGAAUGAGGAUGCUGUUUUAGUUGAUCUUUCUAAAAAUCCUGAAAGAUUUACAGGUUAUGGUGGUCAAGAAGCUGGUCAGAUUUGGAAAAGUAUCUACGCUGAAAAUUGUUUCUCUUCUGAUGAAGCUGAUACUUGUUUAGCUAAGGAUGCCUUCUAUAGAAUUGUUUCAGGUUUACAUGCUUCCAUCGGUACUCAUUUAUCUAAUGAUCACUUAGAUACUACUACAGGUGAAUGGGGUCCAGAUUUGGAUUUAUUUAUGGCUAGAGUUGGUAAUUUCCCAGAGAGAGUCUCCAAUGUUUAUUUCAAUUACGCUAUUGUCGCCAAAUCUCUUUGGAAAAUUAAACCAUAUUUGAAAGAAUUAGAUUUUUGUAACGACUAUGAUAAUGAUGUUAAACAAAAAAUUAUUAACAUUGUAUCUCAAUUGGAUAGUAAAAUCUUUGAUGAAGAUUUAAUGUUUAAAGAUGAUUAUGAUGCUUCCAUUAAGGAUGAUUUUAGAAGUCGUUUCAAGAAUGUUACAAAAUUAAUGGAUUGUGUUCAUUGUGAUAGGUGUAAAAUGUGGGGGAAAGUUCAAACUACAGGUUAUGCCACCAGUUUGAAAAUUUUAUUUGAAUUAAAUGAAGCGGAUGAAGAAUCCAAACAACAAGUAGUAAAUAGGUUAACCAAAUUCGAAUUAAUUUCUUUAUUGAAUACUUUUAAUAGAUUAUCUACCUCUAUUGAAUCUAUUAAUAAUUUUGAAACACUAUAUGAUGAAAGAGUUAAUGGUGAAGAUAACCAAGGUGCUAUUGCCAAUUUUUUCCAAAAUAACAAUUUCUUUAAAUUAAUUGAAAAGGCUAAGGAUUCAUUCAUAGAUAAAUGUAAGAAACUAAAUGGUUCUAAUGAUACCUCUGAGAAUGUGAUUGAUCUUGCUGUAGAAGAGGAAGAAGAAGCAGAAGAGUCUAAAUUCCAAGAUUUGAAAAUGCCAAAGAAGAAACCACAACAAAAGAAGAAAAAUACAACCCAAAAGAAUAAUAUAUCUCAAGAUUCAACUGCUGAUGAGAAUGUUUGGGCCAGGGCAUGGAGAACAGAAAUACACAACACUAGGGAAGCCUUCAGAUUCAUAUAUAGAAGUUAUCUUGACUUACCGAAAAAUUUAGGUAACAUGCUAUUGGUUAACUUUAACAAAGUAUGGAAUAGAUUUGUUGGUGUUCAAGAUUAUUUGAAUGAAGAAGAACAAGACCCAAGUGUGUACAAAUUGGAUUUACAUUAG